CUGAGUGUGAGGACACAGUUGUUACAUGUAGUGCGAAAUUCUACUCAAGUACAUCCUUUUUUGUGGUGAUAGAUAGAUAGAUAGAUAGAUAGAUAGAUAGAUAGAUAGAUAGACUGGAGAAUGGCCUCAGGAGUAGGCUUUGUUCCAGGAAAUGACCAGUAAUGUUCUCCGCCUUAAAGCCACAGAGUCGGAGGGAAACAGACAAGUCACGUUUACUACUUCACAACACUUUCCUAUUUUUAUCCUGAGACCAUGGACUACAUGAGGAUUAAACUCUGGAAGUAAAACGCUACAAGAUACGCAGAGAUGCAGGGGUCUAUUGCACGGGUUUGCAUGGUUGUGGCAGCUGCCAUUCUCAACCAUCCACUGCUUUUCCCAAAGGAGAACACUACCAUCCCAGAAGAGGAAGAAGACAUUUUAGCCCGAAUGAAGGACCAUGAGGAGAGACUGCAAGCUGAACAAGAACGCCUUGAAAAAGAGAUCUCAAAGACAGAUCAAGAAGCCACAAACUCUGGCAUUGAUUACUAUGGUUGGUACUUCUGGAGCACACUUUCUCUUGUCAUUUUCUUCACUGUUGAAGUUUGUAGGCAGGAUCUGAACCCUGGUGAAACACCUGACCAUGCUGAAGAUGAAGAAGGGUACACAAACAGUGGGUCUGUCAAUCCUAAGGAUCUGACCUUAGACAAAGGUGUCUUAAGCAACCUCUGUGAGAGCAGCUUCCAGCCUUUUGUCCAUGAGAGUGGGAGAGUGCAGGAGUUUGUUGAAGGCUUUGCAGAUGACCUUCUGGAAGCUUUGAGGAGUAUUUGUGACCGUGAGGUUGACAUGGAGCUUGAGGACUUUAUUGGAGUGGGAAGUACGUUUGAGUCCUGGAGAGUGUGUAAGCCUGUCAUGUGUGACCUCGUUGUGCCAUUUACAACCCCAGAACCUUACCAUUUUCAGUUUGAGCUAUGGUGUGAUGCAUCCUCUGACAUCCCACUGGACCUGCAAGGAUGUGGGACAAUUAAGUUGGCAAAGAUUAGUGAGAAUUGCCCAGACUGCCUCUCUGGCAAAGCAACAGUCGAUGAGGAUAUGCUCUGUCUGCUUCACAACAGAAGCCACAAUAGCAAAGCUGAUGACCAUGCUUUGGAAGAACUACUGUGCUCAAGAAACACUGCUUAUCUGUCUAAAGAUCAGGUCAUGAAAUGGUUCCAGAUCUCUGUGACCAGUGCAUGGGGGCAGAUCUCUCACAAAUAUGAGUUUGAGCUCACUUUCCGCAACCUGGAUUUCCCUGGUUCCUUGAAGGUCAGAUUCAGGUCAGGAAAGGUUAUUGUUCUAAACAUUACACCUGCUAUCCAGCUUGAAGACUCUCAUGCAUACUUCAUCUCCCAUUUUCCUUCAGACAAUGGUAGCAUCGCAGAUAUCCACUGGCACCUCUCAUUCACAGUUUAUGAAAGAAACCUGCUCAAACACAUGGCAAAGAAACUUCCAGAAAAAUCUUGUCACCUCCGAUGUCUACAGCUUGUUUCUUUCUUGCACAAAAAACAGUCAGGUCUAAGAGGGGGAAGUGCCCUUACAAAUUACCAUCUGAAGACUGCAUUCUUGCAUCUUCUGUUGAGUAAACCUCCUUCAGCAUGGAAACCACUGAAUCUGGACCAGAGGUUGCGGGACUUGUUGUCUUUUCUACAGAAAAGCUUGCAGGAAAAGAGACUUACUCAUAUUAUCAUUGGGAACCCACUUGUUCCACUUGAAAUUGGAGUUCCACCAAUAUUUCAGGCUGCAGAACCAAUAAACCUUUUCAGGCCUUUGGUGUUACAGAGGCAAGUAUAUACAAAGAUGGUGGAAGAUUUUGAAGAAAUGCUCAGAAAUGCCCCAGUGCUUAUUCAAGAGUACACGCCCCACUUCACUAAUGGUGGACUUAAUUCAACAACCGUGUCUUAGAAUGACUGACUGCACCAGUGGAACUUUGGGACUCAAUAGCUUGCUCAUCAGUUCUAAAGACUUUCAGACCAUAACUGCAUAAUGUUCUAUGUAAUUUUUUUUCUUUUAGCACUGAAAUUACUAAGAUUGUACAUUGAUAAAAAGCAUUGUGAUUCCAUGUAGGCAGCUAUUAUGUGCUAAUAUGCAUGGCUUAUAUUAUGUAAACGCUUAUUUAAGUUUAGUGUUACUUUAAACAUUUUUUUUUUUAAAUAGAGACGUGUGCAGGUCUGAGCUCAGCCUUUUACAUCAACGCCAUGAUUCAAACUGACGUUGCAAAAUCUGUUCUUUUCCUGGGCAGUGCUCUAGACCACUUGGUUAUGGAAGAUUACAUCACAAAUGGAGGUUAUGUAAUGUGGUGCUUACAUAGUGAGUACGCAGUGGCACCACACUCACUGUGGAAAUCACUACCUGAAGCUGGCAUACCAAUUACAUUCUUAAACACACUCGAACUCGGUUAAACAUGCACAUACAGACAGGUGCCUCUAUAGGCUUCAGCCAAAGGCUGAGCCAAUUAAUCAUAUUACUGGGCCUCAGCAGUAUUAUAUAAAAUUGUUAUUUUUGUUUGUAAAGUGAUUUGAAUAGCAUCCUAUACACUUAAGACAGUUUACAAAGAUUCAGGUCUGACACACCCCGUGAGCAUGGUAAAAUCAUUUUAGAGCAAUUGCUUUAGUGCAGUUGACAUUUUCACAAAGCAUCUUGAUACAACCAAUGGCAAAGUGGCACAGUGGGUAGUGUUGCUCAGUCAUAGCUCUAAAGCUUCUGGGUUGAUCUUUGAGUUCCUGUCUGUGUGGAGUUUCUGUGCAUGUUCAUGCCAGGAGGUGGACUGGCUACUUGCCCUUAGCUGUGAAUGUGUGUGUGCCUGGCACCCUGCAAUGGACUGGUGUCCCAUCCAUCCAUUAUCUAUUCCACUUAUCCAUCAGGGUUGCAAGGGAAGCUGGAGUCAAACCCAUGCCAAGAACAUGCAAACUCCACACAGAAAGGCAGCAGUCAGCUAUGAGGUUUAAACCCAGAACCUUAUUACUGUGAGGCAACAGUGCUAACCACUGCACUACCAUACUUCCCCCAGGGUGUAUUCCCUAUAAGCAUAUCCACUCUUCAGAUAAAAGACACCAGUUUUCCUCUGGGACACAAGCGGAAUUAAAAUCAUAGACAAAAUGUACAAACUUGGAAUUUAAAGGCACUUUAAUACCAUUUUAUGAUGAAGUCUGCGACAAUGCGUUAUACUUGUACAAAAGGUCUGUACUGAAAAACAGUAUUCAUUUUAGAGUUAGUAUAGGCACAUGUUUAUAAGCCAUAGUCAAAAUUGGGGUUUCCCUCCAAGAAUGAGUCCAUAAAGGCUUUGUAGACAUCCGUGCUGAACAUGACUGCCUUCACUGGUGGAUCCUCUUUCAUGCACAAAAUCCAGUUGUUCAGCUCUGGAGUGCCAUCCAGACAGCUGAAAAAGAAUGAGAGCAUGUCUAUAUACAAAACGUUCUGAAACUAUAAACAAAAUCUCCAAAUGCAGAGAUAGCAUACAUGACCGUUAUUGCGCACUUAUUAAUUUAAAAAAAAAAAAAAAAGCCUUAAAAUUCCCACCAUCAGGUGAAUACAACAUGAAUCUGCUUUGGUUCAAAUACACUUUUUUUUCUUUUAUUGUGCUCUUGUAUAAAUAAGAAAUCAUACUGUUUGAGCUGCCAGGCCUCCAACCUCUCAAACCACGGCCAGAUCAGGUAGUCAAUCAUAGUGACUGAAUCACCUCCAAAGAAUUUGGUUUUCUUGUUAACAAGAACCUGCAAAAGUAUAAAAUAAAAGUUAAAAUAAAUGCAGCUUUAUAUGCAAUGUUGAGACCUGAACCACAUCCAAAUAUCUGUAUAGUCAGUGUAAACAGUUUAAAGCCUCCAUUUAUUGUUUUGGAUUAAAACUGUAAUUCCACUCAAACAGGAUAGUGAUAUAUUUACCAUUUAAAUGUUGCAUUAUACCUUGUUCAGUUUGGAGAACUUUUCCUUCAACUCUUCUUCUAGUGCUGACACAUCCUCACCUUUUACUCUGGUCAUAGGAAUUUUGUAGAACAGAGGAAUGAUCUGAAAGUAAAGAUUCUGUUGUGAAUUUGGUAUUCCUGAAGGCUCCUUUAAAACCCCAAACACAAGAACUGGUACUGAAACAAAACAGACCUUGACAUCUUUUUGAAAUAAAAUUAUAUUCCACAUA